AUGGCAACUGGCUCCCGACGGCUCUUAGGUCUCUUGCGAGAACCAUCUCGAACGGAUAUUUUCUCUUCGUUGUCUUAUCAGGGACUCACUCAAAUCUAUCGAUUUAGAAGUAGUAAGAGCAGACGUGAAUCAAGUAAUGCAAAAACCGAAGACAUAUCUUUACCACUGCUCAAGUCCGAACAUGCUGAAGAAGUGGUUGGUGAAACAGAAAGGAUCAAUGAGCUCUCCGAGCAUCUGAAAUACAUAAUUGAGCUUCUUGGCGUCGUCGGCCGGUUCCUCGAAGCCAUGAUCUUUCAAAUGAGUGUCAUUGGUUCAGCUGUUGCUAAUAAGGAAGUCACAGUUGGUAACACAUUUUGCCAAAGUGGGUUACGUUACUUCUUACAAGAAUGCCAUUAUCAACCAAAAUAUUGUCAAGAGCUCCUCAAGAGAACGAAACAACACAUCAAUGAAAAGACGUUACUUGACCAUUUCACAUCAAAAGAUAAUCUUGAAAUAAUUCUCUCCUUGGUUGCAUACACUUUGUUUUGGUGGCCUGUUGAUCGGACAGACACAAUCAGUAUUAUUAAGAAGCGUAAAAUUGAGGGCUUAGAGAAAGAGGAGCUCAUUUUCCUUGAUGGAAACGAGAACAAGAGGCUCAAGCUUCCGUUUCUCACUCUUCAUGAAAAUUACUCUCAUCGGAAUCUUGACGCGCUUCCACCUAUCAGGGUCAUCGAGUUUCUAGACAACGUGAUUUUACUGGAUCAAAACAAGAGGCUGACCAUCUCAGUGUUAGUGUUCCGGCUAUGGGUGAUCUACCAGAGAUCAAUUGCAAAGGGAGCCAUCGACACAUGCAAAUGUAUGCUCUCUCAACUUGUCCCACUGCGGCUUGGCCAGAAAGAUAUGUCACUCAAACUUUUACCUGUUUUUACCAUCCGUUCGACAGAAUGCAGAUCAACCAAGACAAUUGAAAGGAAUUUAUUAGUAAGGCUCAAUCGUCAUCGGAAUGCCUACCACAACCUGCAGAAACGCCCAUUUGUUGACUCAUUCUUGCUCACAGAACCCAUCUUCAUCCAGAACAAGCAACAGGUGGUCAGCCGCAAGAAAGUAAUUGCUGGCCAUUCAUCCUAG